AUGGCUUCGUCGAUGGGCAAGAACAUCGGUGUUACCGGCGCGGAUCACUGCCUGCUGAUUCUGCCGUUGUUCCAUAGUCAACGCGAUCUGCGUCAGCGUCCUGACGCCCUUGCUUGUCGGCGGACAGGUGAGUGUCACCGGGAAGUUCUCGGUUUCGAGAUUCUUCGACGACGUUGCGCGGCUUCGCCCCACGUAUUUCUCGGCGGUGCCGGCAAUCUACGCGAUGCUGACCUCGCAGCCGGAAGACGCCUCGAUCAAUACGUCAUCUUUGAGAUUUGCCGUGUGCGGUGCGGCGCCGAUCAGCAAGGAACUCCUCGAACGCGCGGAGCAGCGUUUCGGUUUCGUGAUCGUGGAGGGUUACGGACUCACCGAGGGACCUGUGCGUCGGCCUGUAAUCCUGUGGAGGGCCUGCGCAAACUGGAGCACGGUCGGCCCGGCGUUGCCCGGCCAGCAGAUUGCCAUUCUUGCCGAGGACGGAACCUUGCUCCCGUCGGAACUGCCGGAGAGGUGGUCAUCAAGGGCGGCAACGUGAUGCGUGGCUAUCUGGGCAAGCCGGAGGAGACCGCGAAGACCGUCAAGGGAUGUGCUUUCGAGGCCGCCGUCAUCGGCGCUCCGCACCAGGUCUACGGAGAGGUGCCAGUUGCCUAUGUCGUUGCCUACCCCGACGCGCCCGUCACCGAAGGCGAACUGCUCGAACAUGUCACGGCCUUGCUCACCCGAGUAAAGGUGCCAGUGGCGAUCUACGUCGUCGAUACGCUUCCCGAAACCCGCACAACUCGACGACGUGCGUCGAGUCGAUCCGUCAUGCCCACAUUCCGUAUUUCAGGGAGCACAUCGCGGGAUUCAAAGAAGGAAACUUCCUCCCGUCGAUCCGGCAACCUUCAUGGACAAGCCGUUCUCGAGCGUCUGCGUGACAUGUCCACGCACUGGGUGGAUUACGGCUUCGGUACACCGAAGAUGGUCCACACCGUCUACAUCAUGAAACUGUUGUUCCUCUACCUGGCAGCUGGAACAGCCGUUGCCACUUUGACUUCCGGCCUCUCGUGGUUCGACAUCGGAUCAUGGUGGAACCAGCCGAUCGUCUACCAGAAACUCAUCAUCUGGACGAUGAUGCUCGAAAUCCUGGGCCUGGCAGGGUCUUGGGGUCCAUUGGCCGGCCACUUCAAACCGAUGACCGGUGGAGUUCUCUACUGGAUCCGCCCCGGCACGAUUCGCCUUCCACCGUGGCCGGGCAAGGUGCCGCUCACCUCGGGUGACACCCGCACGGUGUUCGACGUCUUCAUCUACGUCGCCGUAGUCGCCAAUCUUCUUGUUGCCGCGGUUCUUCCGGCGUUCACACCGCAGGAAUCGAUUCGGCAAUCGCCGACAAUGCCGGACUGUGAGCAGUACCUGCCGGCGAUCUUCUUCUUCACGUUCCUGCCCUUCGUCGACAUGAUUUUGGCGCUCAAACUGCUGAUCGUCAUGGUGUGGAUCGGUGCCGGUGUCUCGAACAAUACGCCGUGGAUCCCGUCGAAGAAGAUCAAGCGUGCGCACUACCGGAAUUUCCCGGAGGAUCUGCGACCCUCGCACCUCGGCGGCGGGGUCGCACACGUGGCCGGAACGAUGGUCGAAAUCGUCACCCCGUUGAUACUGCUGUUCUCGACGAACAAGACACUCACCAUCCUCGCCGUGAUCCUCAUGGUCGGAUUCCAUCUCUUCAUCGCGUCGACCUUCCCGCUGGCCGUUCCGCUGGAAUGGAAUCUUCUGUUCGCUUACGCCUCGGUCUUCCUGUUCCUGGGCUUCCCGGCGUGGGACGGCUACGGCCUCGGCGCCAUGUCUUCACCCUGGAUCACAGCGGGAAUUAUUGCAGCCCUUGCUUUCUUCCCCAUUCUCGGAAACCUUCGGCCCGAUCUGGUGUCGUUCCUGCCGUCGAUGCGUCAGUACGCCGGGCAACUGGGCAUCCGCGACUACAUCAAGCGUCCGUCGCCGGAUACGCGUAAUCAGUUGAUGACGAUGUACCCCGAAGAUGUGUCCGAUGUCGUUCUGCAUCAGCUGUUGGGUUGGCGUUCCAUGCACAGCCAGGGGCGUGCACUGUUCUCACUGAUGAUCAGGCACCUCGGCGACGACAUCAACACGUACUCGCUGCGGGAAGCCGAGUUCAUGUGCAACUCCAUCGUCGCCUUCAACUUCGGUGACGGGCACCUGCACGACGCGAAGUUGAUCGCCGCCAUUCAGCGUCGCUGCAAUUUCGCGCCCGGCGAGUUCCUGGUGACCUGGAUCGAAUCGCAGCCCAUCCACAAGGGAACGCAGGAGUACCAGGUGAUCGACGCCGCUCUCGGCGUCAUCGAACGAGGUACUUUCAAGGUCGCCGACGCAGUUGCCGAACAACCGUGGUUGCCGAACGGGCCCAUUCCGUUCGACGUUCAGUGGACACUGGACGUACGGGCCGACCGCGCGGCAACAGAUCCGCAGGUUGUCUCCGAGCCGAAGAUGCGUACGAGGGCCAGCGGUAGCGAGCAAGAGGUGAGUAAG